GCCCCUUCCCAUCUGGGGGCUGAGGCGCCUUUAAUUUGGAUACCUUAAAAGGCUCGCAGGAGCCAGGGACUGGGUUCUUAUCUCCUGUGCUCUGGAUGGGCCUUAUUUAUAGCCCUGCUGGCAAGAGCAGCUCAGCUGGCCGGCAGCUGCACACACGGUUGGUUCGGGGAAUCCAGCAAGGCAGCUGUCCUGCGCUGUCGCCGUCCCCUCUGGUCGGGCUGGAGGGCAGAAGACAGGACGGGUUGUUGAAAAGCCGGUGCCAAAAUGACUGAGCGCUUUGAUUGCCACCAUUGCGAAGGCUCUCUCUUUGGCAAGAAGUACAUCCUGAGGGAGGAGAGCCCCUACUGCGUGGCGUGCUUCGAGGCCCUCUACGCCAGCACCUGCGAGGAGUGCGGGAAACCCAUCGGCUGCGACUGCAAGGACUUGUCCUACAAGGACCGACACUGGCACGAGGCCUGUUUCCACUGCUCGCGGUGCAAGAGCUCGCUGGUGGACAAGCCCUUUGCUGCCAAGGAGGACCAGCUGCUCUGCACGGACUGCUACUCCCACGAGUACUCGUCCAAGUGCCAGGAAUGCAGGAAGACCAUCAUGCCAGGCACCCGCAAGAUGGAGUACAAGGGCAGCAGCUGGCAUGAGACCUGCUUCAUCUGCCAUCGCUGCCAACAGCCCAUCGGAACCAAGAGCUUCAUCCCGAAGGAUGGCCAGAAUUUCUGUGUGCCCUGCUACGAGAAACAGUAUGCCUUGCAGUGUGUUCAGUGCAAAAAGCCCAUCACCACCGGGGGCGUCACGUACCGGGAGCAGCCGUGGCACAGGGAGUGCUUCGUGUGCACCGCCUGCAAGAAGCCGCUGUCCGGGCAGCGCUUCACGUCCCGAGACGAGUUUGCCUACUGCCUGAACUGCUUCUGUGACUUGUAUGCCAAGAAGUGCGCUGGGUGCACCAACCCCAUCAGCGAACCCAGCUCACCUAACUCAGCCAACUCACCUGAUGUAGAAAGGCCCAGCCUCUCGUGUGGAAGCCAGAAAUCAUGUUUCCAAAUGAAAUUAAAACACAAAGAAAAGAAGUAUAGCGUGACUCGGCGGCACCAAGUACAUCUCCUUUGAGGAGCGGCAGUGGCACAAUGACUGCUUCAACUGCAAGAAGUGCUCCCUGUCCCUGGUGGGCCGAGGCUUCCUCACAGAGAGGGACGACAUCCUGUGCCCCGACUGCGGGAAAGACAUCUGAGUCAGCACACACGCGCUUGCCACACACACAGGUUUAGAGAUUUUCUUUCUCGACCCGGCAGUAGUGUGCUCUGGUUUCCAGCAGCCGUGGCGAGACUUUGCUCGUGCGCUCCUCAGUGCUCCUCACGUUUGUCGAGGCCCUUUAAUCCUCUGUUAGUUCAUUCCCAGGGAGGGAGAAAGCCCUGCGUAAACCUUAGGUGGGAAGAUGGUUUUGAAUUUUCGUAAUCAAGCAAGGCAAAUCCAAGUGUAAAAAUCCUUUUGAAUAUCUUUAUAAACGUAUCUUUCUUUCACCAUGUAUUUAAUUUUUAAGUGCAAUUAACAUGUCACGAACUUGAAAGUUUUCCAAACUACAUAAGAUAGUGAAGAGUUGAUAUUUACAACUGUGUAACUUCCUGUCACGUAAGGCCUAAAGCAAAAUUAUAUGGCUUUAUAACAAUAAAGUUAUCCAGAACAAAA